AUGAUGCUUGAGCGGCGGGUCAUGCUCCCCAAUGCCAACUUUGAGAAGUUCAACCCUGCUAUACUUAAUGCCAGUGGGGCAGAAAGAUUGCGGGUAUUGAAAGAGACAAUGCCAUGGCCUACCUCCUCGUCCCCGAGGCGUGUAUGUGUGACCAACUACGGACUUGGCGGAGCAAACUCUGCUAUACUGUUGGAGGAAGCCCCCGAUAUCCAUGUCACCAACGGCGACAAUAAACUGGACGAGACGCCGCGGGUAUUUGUAGUCUCUGCUGGCUCCAAUUCGAGCUUAGGCGCCUACGUGGCUUCACUGGCUGAGUACCUAGCCUCACACGAAGCCCAGAGCGCGACUAGCCUGCUGCAAAACAUUAGCUUCACUUUGGGCCAGCGUCGUACACAUUUUACGCAGUCUCGGCGAGCAGUCGUAGCGCAGUCCCUGAGCGAACUACGAGAGCGAAUGCUCGAGAUCUCCGGUGUCUCUCCACGACCAACCGGACUCAACUCGAAGGCAUCUGGCAUACCCAUCCCAGGAUUCGUCUUCACCGGCCAAGGCGCCCAACACGCGGGCAUGGUUACCGGGCUUCGGCGCUACCCGCCCUUCGCUGCUGCCUUGAAGCGGGCAUCCCGAUGUCUUGAGAAUCUCGGAGCAUCUUGGUCGAUAGAGGAGGAGCUCGAGCGCUCAGCCGAAGCCGGCUCGCGUAUCAACGACGCUGAGAUCUCCCAGCCGGCGUGCACCAUCGUCCAGCUCGCCCUCGUCCAGCUCCUCCGUGCAUGGUGCGUGGAGCCAGCAGCUGUCGCUGGUCAUUCCAGCGGCGAGAUUGCAGCUGCCUUCGCCGCGGGCCUCAUUUCGUUCGAGACGGCAGUUGCUGUUGCGUACCUUCGCGGUCAAGCAGCUUUGCAGGUCACGCGCGACUCUAAGAUAAAGGGAGCCAUGGUCGCUGUUGGCGUUGGCAAGGAUGAGGCAGAGAAACUUGUGGCCGAGGCGUUGGGAGAUGAGGACCGUUCCAAGGUCACUAUCGCGGCUGUGAACAGCCCUGCAUCUGUCACCGUCUCCGGGGACCAGGAGGCUAUCGAGACCGUCCAGGAUCUGGCCGAGAAGAGAGGACUGAAUCCGCGAAGGCUCAAGGUCAGCGUGGCGUACCACUCGCAUCACAUGCAGACGGUGGCAGAGUCAUACAAGGCUUUGCUUGAGCCGCAUCUUUUGUCAAAUCACGGCGAAGAUAACCCUGGUUGCAAAGCUGUCUUUGUAUCUUCGGUAACCGGCCAGGUAGAAUCUGCUCUCGACGCGUCAUACUGGGUCCGCAAUCUCGUCCAGCCUGUUUUGUUUUCAGACGCGCUCAAACUAUUGCUAAGCCUCCAGAAAGGAGAUGACCAUGAAAAACCCAUCGACGUCAUUAUCGAAAUUGGCCCUCAUUCGGCGCUUAGGGGCCCUAUACGCCAGAUACUCGAGUCUUUAAGAAGCAGCAACUCUCACCAGACACAGGUGGCGUAUUUGCCCUCGCUGCAGAGAGGGACAUAUCCCAUCACAUCCGUCUUAAAUUUUGCCGGACGCCUUUUCGAGGCUGGCGCCGACUUGGACUUCGAGCAGGUCAACCAGACAUCACGAUACAACGCACGAUUGGCAACGGAUCUACCUGCUUACGCCUGGAACCACGAGACAUCAUACAUCCACCGGCCACGCGUUGCCGAGCAGAAGCUCUUCGGAGGUUCUCCGUACAACGCCCUGCUGGGUGGCCGAACUGCUCACUGCGAGGGGGACGAACACUCGUUUCGCAACGUCUUCACCUUAGACGACAUGCCCUGGCUGCGGGACCAUGUCGUCGGCGGCGACAUCCUGUUCCCGUUCACAGGUUUUCUAGCGCUAGCGUUCGAGGCUGUGAAGACCGUUACAGCCCUUCUUCCCAAAGGCGGCGGCAUUGCCCCAGAGAGCAUGAUGAUAAAGGACCUGACCGUGAGACGCAGCCUGAAGGUUGUUGAAGACCAGCGUGUCGACGUGACGACGAAGCUGAAGCCACUCUCAGGUGGCACUCAAGAAACCUCGACGAGAUCAUCUUCGCCGCACAGUUGGAUCUUUGAAAUUCUGUCGUGGUCCGAGGAAAACGGGUGGAAUUCUCACUGUCGCGGCUGCAUCGCUGCUGCAGAACCACUCAGCCCAACGAGCUUUGUAGUCUCAGAAGCCCAGCAGGUCGUCGACCGCAUGGUUCAGAAUACCAGUGGCCCCGAGCCCAGAAGGAUAGAUCCGGCGAAGGAGUACCGGACUGCGGCCAAUUCUGGCACCGCAUACGGCCCCUCUUUCACAGCCAUGACGGAGCUGUGGGUAUCGCCGAACCACGACGCCACGACCCACGUCACCGUCCUUCGUCCCGAGGCGCUCAGUCCGCCUUCCGCCUUUCUGCCUCUUUCGCCCGUAACCGUGGACCCUCCGACCCUGGACUCCUUCUUCCACGGCAUCCACAUCCUCCACGAGCGUGCUGACGGUGUCAGGGGUGUUUAUGUGCCGACCAAUGUAUCGCGGCUUCGCGUGUCGAAUCGCAUCCAGGCCGAGGCCGGCCAGAGCUUCACUAUCGUCAGCCGUGUCCUGGAGCAUAGCCGACAGAACGGUCGGAUGGACUUUAGCAUCGUCGUUUUCGCGGGCGCUCUCGCCGACCCCGGACCCCGGAUCCCCAUCUUGGAGAUCGAUAGGGCAACGGUCAAGCGGGUCAGACAGCCCUCGACCGAGAGCAUAAUAGCCGGGCUGCCUGCAAGCUACGCCGAGCGUUUGCUGCCGCACAUUGAUUUCGUCGAUGGUCGUGAUCUCGCAGCGAUGCUCGAAGACCCUUCCCUCGAGCACGACCAGCUCGACAAGCGUCGGCUUGGGAACCAGGUCGCGUGUGGUUACAUGGCGCUUGCUCUGCCUCAAACCGCGAACGAUGAUCUAACGAAUUUACCCCAUCACCUUUUGAAACUGCGCUCCGCAGUGCACAAGUUCGCCAGCUCGUGGCCUGGUCCCCGUCUUCCCGAGGAUUCGUCAUCAACACUAUCCCUGGCCUCCCUACGGCCCCUAGCCGACGCCAUCGGUCCUGCCGGAACCUUGCUGCGCAUUAUUGGCGAGAAACUGGUACCCAUCAUGCGAAAUGAAGUGCAAUCGCUGGAACUGAUGAUGCAGGACGGGCUUCUUUGGCAGCACUACCAGGAUGAAGCAGCGUUUCGCCGUGGCAACCAGGCCAUGGCCAGAUAUGCGCGCACACUCGCGGCCACCAAAAGCAACCUACGUAUCCUGGAGGUUGGUGGCGGCACGGCCGGCACAACAAAGCCGGUUCUUGAGGCGUUGUCAUCUCCUGAGGUCUUUCCGUUUGCCGAGUACGUCUUCACCGACAUCUCAUCAGGGUUCUUCGAGAAAGGCCGCGAGAAGCUGGCAAGAUGGUCUGACCGGAUGACAUUCGAGAGACUCGACAUCUCGAAAGACCCCGUCAGGCAGAGUACAGUGUUUGCUAAAGGCUCUUUCGACCUCGUCGUCGCCUCGCUCGUGAUGCACGCUACGCCUGAUCUCGCCGUCAGCCUAGCACAUGUGCGAGGUCUCCUCAAGCCUGGGGGAAGGUUGCUGAUGUUGGAGAGCAUGCACAUGGCGCCGUUAGAUCUUGCGUAUCUCGGGCUUCCCGGGUGGUGGCUUGCCGAAGACGCUUACCGAGCAUCGGGAGAGCCUCUUGUUGGUCAGGAUGUGUGGGAUCGCGCUCUCAAGGAUAGUGGGUUCACCGGUGUUGACGGUGCCGUCGAAGAUUAUCCCGGACAUCCCGAGCGGAAUGUUACAGCCAUAUGGUCCAUGGCGGCAGCAGAAUCAGAUGCCACCGAGGCUGUCCAAACUAGUGAUCUUCACAGUUGGGGUCGGGACCCAACCCCUGAAGUCAUCGUUUGCGGCUUCUGGAAAGGCGAUGACGGGCUUCAAACACUCAAUUUUGCCCAGCAAGUAGCUCUUCAAUUAGAGAGCCAGCUGAACCUCGGUUCACCGGUCGUCCUUCACGAGCUUUCCGAAUUUCUGCCGAUUCCGACGGCGUACUGCAUCUUUGUAGAUGGUCUUCACCGCAGCGUCUUUGACUCUCCAACUGCGAGCUGUUUCGAAAAUAUCAAGAGCCUCAUUAUAGAGAACACAGGCAUCCUCUGGAUCUCUCCCGGUCAUGUCCCGCCCGAAGGCGGCCUAGCGAAGGGGCUGUUGCGCUCUCUGCGUCACGAGAAUCCGGAAAAGCUCAUGAUAUUGCUAGAGGGCGCAACUUUGGAUACCGAAGGCCACCAGUCAGCUAAGGCAGUGGCCAGGAUUGCUAAAUUUGUAGCUGCAGGUACUAACAUGGACUUAGCAAGACUUCGACGCGACCAAGAUCUCGUCCUCAAGGAUGGCCAGAUUCACAUCAACCGCCUCAUCGAGAAGGAACUGGCACGGGAAGCCUUUGCAGGAGAACUGGGCGUUGUCGUUGCCAAGGACGAGCAGCCAAUACCACAGGACGAGGCUGUCGAGUUGACAAUCUCCUCAACCGGCGAUCUCGACGCAAUCUACUUCCAGCGCACACCGAUUCUGGAUACCAGCCCAGGAGACGACGAAAUUAUUGUCAACGUACAGGCAGCUUCGCUUAAUUUCCGUGACGUUCUCAUCCUCCUUGGCUCCAUUCCAUGGCAAGCUCCUGGCCGAGAGGGAGCCGGCGAAGUCGUCCGCGUUGGACGAAAUGUCAUGAACUUCAAGCCCGGCGACCGCGUCUUCUACUAUACAACAGACAAAGCCAGCAGUCUGGCCAACUUUGUGAGCAUUCCCUGCGACCAUGCAACACCGGUGCCGACUUCUCUGAGCGUCGAGGAGGCUGCGUCACUCCCCACGGCUUACUACACAGCCAUCGCAUCCCUAGAAACCUUGGCAAAUUUACAGCCUGGGGAGACACUGCUCAUUCACUCUGCUGCGGGAGCUGUGGGCCAGGUUUGCAUUCAGCUCGCUCAGCAUCUCGGCGCACGCAUUUUUGCCACGGCCGGAACCCCUGAACGCCGCGAAUUCCUCCAGCAGGAAUACAACCUGGCCGGCGUAUUCAACAGCCGUACCACAUCCUUCCGUGACGAUAUCCUCAAAGCUACAAACGGCAAAGGGGUAGAUGUCAUUGUCAAUUCGCUGAGUGGGGAUCUCCUUCAGGCGACGUGGGACCUGAUCGCGAAUGGCGGACGCUUCGUCGAGAUCGGACGGGUGGAUUUCCUCGCUGGCAGCAGUCUUGCCAUGCGACCUUUUGAUAGAAAUGCUUCCUUCAUAGGACUGGACAUAUCACGACGACCGAUGACCGAGCGACGUACAGCAAUGAGCCGCAUUGUCAAGUUGCUGGACCAGGGCGUGCUACGGCCGCUGCGACCAUUGACGUUGGUGCCCAUCUCGGAGCUACAAAAGGGGUUGCGUAAGCUGCAGCAAGGCCAAAUUAUUGGCAAAGCUAUUGUGACCGUGUCACCAUCAGACAAGGUGGUCAUUGAGCGGAGGACACCACUGGCAACGGCGGGCAGGGCUCAAGGUUCGUGGCUGUCAUCGGCGGCCACGUAUCUGAUCACAGGCGGAACAGGUGGUAUCGGGCGUUCUUUGGCAGCGUGGAUGAUUGGAAAUGGCGCUGGCCAUGUUGUUCUUCUCGGCCGUAGCGGCACCUCUCAUUCCAAGGUCGCGAGGAUGCUGGGAGCAUAUACCGGUCGCUUACAUGCGGUUAAGUGUGAUGUUGGGCAGCGCUCAGAUCUCGUGCGCGCUUUGGCCGAGAUAAAAGAUGAGGGACUUCCCCCGGUCCGCGGUGUGAUCCAUGGUGCACUCUUCCUUCGUGCAUUCCUGAAUUCGUUCGCGCGCUACCGCCUGUCCCGUGGUCUACCCGCCAGUUCUAUCUGCCUCCCACUUGUCGAGGACAUCGGAUACGUCGCUGAGUCCUUGGGUAACGAAGAUGAGUGGCGGCGAUCGCUCGGCUUGACGCUGAAGGAGGAACACAUUCAUGCCCUCGUCAAAAGCGCUAUUGUGGCACCAUCAUCUCUGUACGAUGCCGGCGUUGGACUUUCCUUGUGCUUCACAGCCCACGACCUCACACAGGACUGGCAGUUUCCGUGGAUGAACCAGAACUACUCCAUGGCCAUCUGCAAUGGCAUCGCGGGCAAAGCCAACCUUGCGAAACCAGCGCAAAGGACCAGCGGAAAGGCUCGGCGAGGUACAGAAGCCCAGGAUGUGAUGGGUAGUGUCGCGCAGAAAAUUGCAGACAUAACCAUGAUGGAUCUCGAGGAGCUGGACCCAAGCGCCAGGUUAGAAGACCUGGGAUUAGACUCGCUUGUAGCGGUUGAGCUGCGUAACUUUAUCCGUCGCGAGUGGGCGGUAGAGCUUAGUCUCAACCAGAUUGUAGGUGGAGGGAGUUUGCAAUCACUCGUAGAAGCUAUUCAGAUGUCACAGGCUGAAUUUGCUAGAUAA